AAACCAGCAUCUGUAGUUUAUCCUGAGCUCUGUGAGGUGUCAGCUGCCUCUCAGCCUUCUGUUCCACUCUCAGUCCAUUCAGAAGUUUAAGAUCUUUGGUGGCAACUUGAGAGAGUACUGUUCUGUUGGACCUCUUGUAUCUGUGGUGAUACAUUAGGGUAGCGUCUGCAUUGGAACAGCAGCUAUGGAAAGAAGCAUGAAUUUUGACGAGAUUCUUUCUCAUAUCGGUGGCUUUGGCAAGUUCCAGAAGAUCCUGUAUGUGUGGAUUUGCCUCCCCCAGAUCCUUCUGGCGUUCCACAUGCUGAUAUCCGUCUUCACGGGGGCCGUCCCCCCUCAUCUCUGUCGCUCCACCAACACCACCUGGCCCUUGGCCGCCAGCUCAGGCGCAUCCAACUUCAACUUCAGCCUGGUGACGGGCCCAGAUGGUGACCCUGACCUGUCCUGCUCUGCCCCUGGGGGGGUUCCUGGCACCCCGCUAGCCCAGUUGAAUCACAGCACCGCCCUGGCCCUUAGCGAUGGCCACGACACCGGGGGUUGCCGAGGGAGAUGGGAAUUCAGCAAGGAGACCUUCCAAAGCACCGUGGCAACCGAGGUGAGUAAGUGGUGGUGCAGUAGAACAGACAUGACGGGCAGGACAAGCGCUCGUUCUCUGUCUGGGGGGCUGGGGGGCUCAAACGUGAUCAAUACCCUCUGUUCCACAUUCUCCUCUGCAGUCUGUAAUGUGGAACUCAUUUUUCCCCAGAAGCAUUUUCGCUACUAUGUAACAGUGUAGCGGUGGUGAUAUCUGAGCCGGAGCUAGUCUGGGUUGCUGGAGAGUGGAGGGUUGUGAGAUGGACUCCUGUGGUGCAGGCGUCCUCUCUCCCUGGCCAGUGCAGUUCACUCCCCCCUUGACACACUAUUACAUGUGGAGCAGGGUUGGGGGGGGGGGGGGGGCUAUGUAACUGGAAUGCACUGAUUGGGUCCCGUGCUGCUUGGGACGGACCCUCACGUGCCGUGUGUCAACCCUCACACAGCGACAGUAACCAUAGUGGAAUGGUCCCAGCCAUCAGAAUCUGUUAUGAUUUACAAACACUAGGAUCAGACCUCCACUGUGAGGCCCACUGUUGGAGGCUGUCUUUAUGAUUGAUAAUAACUCAUAUUUUCUGUCACAUUCCACACUGAUUGAUGUCAGAGUCCUGAAGGACGUUUAGAUGGAAUCUGUUGAGAAGCGAGGUGCUCACAGGGGCAAAGGAGUAUUACACCACAGUCAAAAUACAGUUACAGUGUUGUACAAGUGUGAACCUUCACAGUGUAAUAGUCUAUGUAUAGUCAAUCAAGGACAAAACACUGGUAACAGGGAUAUAGUAUAAUUUGAAAUCUGAAAUCUUAUACCUAGUACAUGGUUUAUAAAGAAUGUAGGUGAACAUACAGAUGGGCUUGCCAAUAUGAUGUAGCUUUUAACUAAUUUGAACCCUCUGUCCUUGACAGUGGGAUCUGGUGUGUGAAAAUGCCAAUCUGAACAACAUUGGUUCCUCAAUCUACAUGUUUGGUCUUCUGGUUGGCGCUGUGCUGUUUGGUUCCUUAGCUGAUAAGUAAGUAUAAAACAACUAUGCGUCUUCCACCAUUGAUACUUAUGUAUGUUUUAUCAAAUGUAUAAUUAGCUUGGUUCAGAUACAAUGAAGAGGAUCCAUGAAACAUGUAUUGUAGGUAGGUCACAAAUGUAAUAGAGGGUCAUGAUAAAACAAAUAUAAAGAGGGAGAAAGUCAAAACAAAAAUGUAGCUCAAUGAACACUUUGCAGCUUGUAUUGCUAUGUUCAUUUGCUAGUGUAUUUUAUUUGUGUAUCUAGGAUUAUUCAUAGAAAGUACACAGACAAAAUGUCUGCACAGACUAUUUCAGUACUAGCUGUCUUAUUCAUUGAUAUUUAUAGGCAGCGGCAGUGAUUUUAUUUGAAAUGCGCUCUUGUUGGCCAGUCAAGUCAAAAGUAUUUGAAGCAUUUAACACUGGGUAUUUUAAAGAGUGCAACUAAUUUGCAGCACGUCCCACUCCCUAACAGUCCAAUUCAUUCUCAACACACCCGUACAGUACCGUGAGUGAGGACACCUCAAGUGAAACAAGUUCUAUUCAUUUGAAAAGGUAUAAUCGCUCUCUUUCUUGUUUCAGGUUUGGACGCAGGAACAUAAUCCUGGUUGGUUUGGCUAUUCAGUCAACCUUUGGGGUUGGUGCUGCUUUCGCCCCAAAUUUCUACAUUUAUGUCUUUCUGCGCUUUGUGGUUGGAACCACUAUUUCUGCUGUCAUCAUGAACGCAUUUGUUUUAGGUUCGUCUCUCUCUCGUUCCCUCUCACUGUCUCUCUCAUACACACCACACACAUACACACACACAUUCAUAAAGUUAUUGACUUGUGAUCUGAGAAAAAAUGAAGAUCAUAAGGUGUUCGUUUUAUACUCUCUAUACUGUUCUGUUUGUUCCCCCCAGGCACAGAGUGGACAGGAUCAAAGCACCGGAUGCUAGCUGGGAUCAUCACCGACUACUUCUUUGGGUUCGGCUACAUCACCCUGGCAGGCCUGGCCUACCUCAUCAGAGACUGGCGCAAGCUCCAGCUGGCCAUCUCAGCACCAGGCUUCCUCUUCAUCUUCUACAUCUGGUGAGUCACUGACCGCCUGCAGCACGCCUGUAGCCUGAAAUACAAACGGAAUAUCACUCACUUUCAAUAUCUUCAGUGAAGUGAAAGGAUAAUUCAGUUUGGAUUCCAGGCUAGCAAGCCAACUCACUAAAGAAGAAAUGAAAGAGAAUGAAGAGGAACCCUCUUUUUUCAUCAAUAAUCAAAACCAGAUGGGUCAUUGAAUUCCAUUUGGGAAUACCUAAAGUAUAUAUAAGUUGCAAAAUUGUGUGCAUAGUACCAAAUUAUUUUAUUUUUUUGUUGAUAUUUUAGUACUAGUAUUGGCCUACAUCCUACAUCAUGACUAAAUGUAUCUUCGUGUUUAUAUAUCUUGUUCCCAUGUUCCCAUGUUGUUUAUGUGUGUGGGUCAGUUUAACACCUUUCCUCUAAAUUCUUAGGGCCCUACCGAAGUCGGCUCGGUGGCUAAUGGCCAACCAGAGGAACGAGGAGGCCAUGAAUCUGAUCAGGAAAGCUGCUCUGAUGAACGGCAAACCCAUGCAGGAGGACACAGAGAUAUGUCAGGUGUGGUUACGCAUGCCCACGCCCACACACACACACACACACAUAACUGGACUCAGGAGGACCUUGAGGAUCAGGUGUGUUUUUUUUGUGUGAAGCUAAUACAGUAUCAUUAACUUUGUCCCAAGGCUAAUUGCUAAAGAGAGAAAGAGCAGGCUGGUGGACGAGAUUAAGCUAUCAUUGAUCAUUAUGAAAUUCCAACAGCCUCGAUUAAAGCACUUGCAAAACAAUGCUUCUAUGUACAAGCAAUGUUGAGAGCAAUACCGCCAAAGCCUGAGCAUAUUAAAGCGCUUUGCAUGUUAUCCCUCUAUGCUGUGUAGGCAUGUGGGACAAGCAAAUUAGAUGAGUUGCAUUGGUGUGCUUUUUGCAUUGAUGAGCUCAUUCCUUUUCUGAAAAGCAUCAUGGUGAAAUGCUCAGAGCUAAUAUGCUCUUUUUAUUUUCCAGGGGUACAAAGACAUGGUGAAGAUGGAGGAGAGGGAAAAAUACACAGUCAUUGAUCUGGUCCGUACACCAAGAAUGAGGAGGAAUUCUUUGAUCAUGUUUUACCUGUGGUGAGUUGGCAGUAGAACAUUGUCAGGUCACAUUUCUUCGUGGGGCAAACAUGAAUUGAUCAAAUCUACUGUAUCAACUACCACUUUAUUGAGGUUUCUGUUUCUGCCAAACAUUCAUAACAUUCAUGUAUCAAACACACUAAUUAUUUGAUCUACUCUUUCCGUUAUGGGUUGAUUCACUUGAUGUGGUAUGCCAAUGGAGUUCUCAGAACUGUUUCUCAAGGCCUCCUCAGGUCAUUAUGCUUGCUGUGUAAGCCAUUUGAAUUGCAGUGUAUCACUCACUGAGGCAACACUGGAAGACUAUUAUUUGAAUGGGAAUACUUUACAUAGCUUCCCAGGCACUGAGAAGUGAGUGUUAAUGUAGAAAACAUUGUCAAUAGAUAUCACUAUUGUAAAAUGUUGCACUAUUUUCCGUAUCAAAUCCAGUUUACAAGAGGUAUAUACUGUAAUAUUACUCUGUUAGAAAGUCCCUUGAUUUUGCCAGGGUUCGAUUAUCCUGUCUGUGGCUAGAGAGACAUUGCUGCUUCCCAGACAUCUUUCCACUCUGCAUGGUAAACUUCUGUCAAACCAGUGGAAGAAGGGAGUCCUUGUUUCACUGCAGUGACAGCAGUUUUAUUAAUCCUUCCCUUACCUCACCAGUGUUUCCUCUACCAUUCCAUCUCUGUGUCUAUCCAGGUUUGUCAACGUGCUGGUCUAUUACGGCCUGUCCCUGAACAUCUCUGACUUUGGGAUGAACAUCUACCUGACCCAGCUGAUCUUUGGCCUGGUGGAGAUGCCCGCCCGGACCAUCACCCUCUUUACCCUGAACCGCUCCAGGAGGAUAUCCCAGCUAGCCUUCCUUGCUGUGGGAGGCCUAGCCUGCCUGCUAACCAUCUUCAUUCCUGAUGGUAUGGACCAUUCCAUAGAAAACUCUGCCGUGUGUCAAUACGUCUUUAAGAUGUUUAUACACAUCCUGACCUACACUACAGUUCAAAAGUUUGGGGUCACUUAGAAAUGUCCUUGUUUUCCAUGAAAACAUACAUUAAAUGAGUUUGAAUAGGAAAUAUAGCAAAAUGCAUAGGAAAUGUAGUCAGUGACAAGGUUAGAAAUAAUGAUUUUUAAUUGAAAUAAUAAUUGUGUCCUUCAAACUUUGCUUUCGUCAAAGAAUCCUCCAUUUGCAGCAAUUACAGCUUUGCAGACCUUUGGCAUUCUAGUUGUCAAUUUGUUGAGGUAAUCUGAAGAGAUUUCACCCCAUGCUUCCUGAAGCACAAGUUGGAUUGGCUUGAUAUGCAUUUCUUACGUACCAUACGGUCAAGCUGCUCCCACAACAGCUCAACAGGGGUUGAGAUCCGUUGACUGUGCUGGCCACUCCAUUAUAGACAGAAUACCAGCUGACUGCUUCUUCCCUAAAUAGUUAUUGCAUAGUUUGGAGCUGUGCUUUGGGUCAUUGUCCUGUUGUAGGAGGAAAUUGGCUCUAAUCAAGCGCCAUCCACAGGGUAUGGCAUGGCGUUGCAAAAUGGAGUGAUAGCCUUCCUUCUUCAAGAUCCCUUUUACCCUGUACAAAUCUCCCACUUUACCACCACCAAAGCACCCCCAGACCAUCACAUUGCCUCCAUCAUGCUUGACAGAUGGCAUCAAGCACUCCUCCAGCAUCUUUUCAUUUGGUCUGCAUCUCACAAAUGUUCUUCUUUGUGAUCCUAACACCUCAAACUUCGAUUCGUCUGUCCAUAACACCUUUUUCCAAUCUUCCUCUGUCCUGUGUCUGUGUUCUUUUGCCCAUCUUAAUAUUUUAUUUUUAUUGGCCAGUCUGAGAUAUGGCUUUUUCUUUGCAACUCUGCCUAGAAGAUCAGCAUCCCGGAGUCGCCUCUUCACUGUUGACGUUGAGACUGGUGUUUUACAGGUACUAUUUAAUGAAGCUGCCAGUUGAGGACCUGUGAGGCAUCUGUUUCCCAAACUAGACACUCUAAUGUAUUUGUCCUCUUGCUCAGUUGUGCACCAGGGCCUCCCACUCCUCUUUCUAUUCUGGUUAGAUCCAGUUUGUGCUGUUCUGUGAAGGGAGUAGUACACAGCGUUGUACCAGAUCUUCAGUUUCUUGGCAAUUUCUCGCAUGGAAUAGCCUUCAUUUCUCAGAACAAGAAUAGACUGGCGAGUUUCAGAAGAAACGUGCCAUUGGAACACAGGACUGAUGGUUGCUGAUAAUGGGCCUCUGUAUGCCUAUGUAGAUAUUCAAUAAAAAAUCAGCCGUUUCCAGCUACAAUAGCCAUUUACAACAUUAACAAUGUCUACACUGUAUUUCUGAUCAAUUUGAUGUUAUUUUAAUGGACAAAAAAAUUGCCCCAAACAAUCGGAAAGGGGAUUCAUCAGAGAAAAUGACUUUACCCCAGUCCUCAGCAGUCCAAUCCCUGUACCUUUUGCAGAAUAUCAGUCUGUCCCUGAUGUUUCUCCUGGAGAGAAGUGGCUUCCUCGCUGCCAUUCUUGACACCAGGCCAUCCUCCAAAAGUCUUCGCCUCACUGUGCAUGCAGAUGCACUCACACCUGCCUGCUGCCAUUCCUGAGCAAGCUCUGCACUGGUGGUGCCCCGAUCCCGCAGCUGAAUCAACUUUAGGAGACAGUCCUGGCGCUUGCUGGACUUUCUUGGGCGCCCUGAAGCCUUCUUCACAACAAUUGAACCUCUCUCCUUGAAGUUCUUGAUGAUCCGAUAAAUGGUUGAUUUAGGUGCAAUCUUACUAGCAGCAAUAUCCUUGCCUGUGAAGCCCUUUUUGUGCAAAGCAAUGAUGACGGCAUGUGUUUCCUUGCAGGUAACCAUGGUUAAUAGAGGAAGAACAAUGAUUUCAAGCACCACCCUCCUUUUAAAGCUUCCAGUCUGUUAUUCUAACUCAAUCAGCAUGACAGAGUGAUCUCCAGCCUUGUCCUCAUCAACACUCUCACCUGUGUUAACGAGAGAAUCACUGACAUGAUGUCAGUUUGUCAUGUUUGUGGCAGGGCUGAAAUGCAGUGGAAAUGUUUUUUGGGGAUUAAGUUCAUUUUCAUGGCAAAGAGGGAAUUUGCAAUUGUAACCCUCUCACCAGGCUCGAAUUUGACUCUCACAAUAUUACCUUAUUUAGAAUAUCUGAACAGCAUGGGAUAUUAGGUGAGAAGGACAUCUCCAAUAAGAAUCCCUAUUGUAAACUUGCUAGGGUGAAUGACAAAUAGGGUAUUAACUUCAGAUAGAAUGAUUAUAGACUUGGUUAUUAUUAUAAGGAUAUGCUUUCCUAUGCAUUAAAUGAAACUGAAACAGUAAAUGACUCCACCAAUACAACAGAAAUAAGGUUCAAGAUCUAUAUUAAUCAAAUUUUCAAUGUAUUACAUCAAAAUAAAUAAAAAUAAUAAACCCCAAUGAUUUUUCCACAACCCAUGUCCAAAUUAUUUGCAAGCUUGCUUAAAUCCUGGGCGCGUUGGAGCUCAUAAAAAAAAAAUGACGACAUACAUAAAGUCCCGAAGUCCACCCCACAUUUGUAGUUACUCACUACUCGUAGAUAAUGCCUCAGCAAAAUAUAGUAGUUCCGUGCAGGUGUCCUCACAAGAUCCACAGCGAACACAGCUAUCAAUGCAGCCAGUACUCGGUAGCAGCAACAGACAUCCGUUGGAAACCCGAACUCGUUGAUCGUCACAAGCAAUUCUCUCCAAGUCUUGCACGAUGCUAGGCUAACCUCUAGGAUGUCGAAUGUCUCCACAAUGCGACGGCAGCUUCAGUCUCCACUAGGUCUUUCUUAACGAAAUAAUAAACACUCUCUUAUAGAAACAAAAUCAGGAUUUCCCUUCAAAAAAACUCUGUAGGUAUGGUUUUGUUCUCUCUUUAUCGUUUCCUUUGGUAGUUUUUCCUUCACCAACCCCACUAACGUCUCUCCUCUCCCUUCUUUCAACCUUUUCCCUCUCUUUUCUUUCCCCGCAACCAGUCCACUCUCCCAUUGGCCACAACUUAACAAGUUACCUCAUUGGUCAAAACUUUAACGAGAUACUUAAAAGUAAACCAACCUAUUCACUUGUACAUUUUUUUUAAACAUUGCUUCAAAAGAAAUGCAUUAAUGACAUUCCAAAUCAGGAGCUAUUCGAUCACCUUUUAAAUCUAAUACCAAUGAAUUAUAACAAAUAAACUCUAUACUUGGUUUUAGCAAGGUAUUACACAAUUAAUUGCAAUUCAUCUGAUCACUCUUCAUAACAUUCUGCAGUAUAUGCAAAUUGCCAUCAUAAAAACUGAGGUAGCAGACUUUGUGAAAAUUAAUAUUUGUGUCAUUCUCAAAACGUUUGACCACGACUGUACAUGACGAGUUACAGUAUCCUCCUGGCCCUGAAAAGACUUCAGUUAACUUUAAUUAAGUUGUUUACCAGUGUAAAUAAACCAUGGCAGUCCUUGAAUGAUGUCAUAGUUGUGUAGUUUUAUAGCCCUGUUUAUAAGGACUUAGCUAGUAGUCAAUGGAAAGUCUUUGUGGCUUGGAACUUGGCUUUUGGUUGAAACUUAAAAACGUUUGCAAGCCACAUUUAUUAUAACCAGAGUUUGUCAGAGACGUAACCUCCUGGAUGUAGAGUUGUUAUUAACUCCCACCGGUGCCCUCAUGGAAGUCAUGUCAGCCUUAUAUUCGAAGCCACUACCUUAGGUGGUUAUGGUCUCCAGUAGGAACUACAGUAACUUAGGUGGUUACGGUCUCCAGUAGGAACUACAGUAACUUAGGUGGUUAUGGUCUCCAGUAGGAACUACAGUAACUUAGGUGGUUACGGUCUCCAGUAGGAAUGCUGGAGAGUGAUUCGCAUGGAUGUAACCUAGAGUUACAGAUGCUAUACACACACAGCCCAGCUAUUUAUCAGUUUAAUCUCUAACCCCAUCACUUCUCCCCCCCCCCCCCCACAUAUACACAGAUCUCUCCAUUAUUAGAACUGUCCUGGCUAUGGUGGGGAAGUUUGGGAUCACCGCCUCCUUGUCCAUCGUCUACGUCUACUCAGCAGAGAUCUUCCCGACUGUCAUAAGGUGAGCAUCUGACUCAAAUGGCACCCUAUUCCCUAUAUAUUUUACAUUUUAGUCAUUUAGCAGACGCUCUUAUCCAGAGCGACUUACAGUUAGUGAGUGCAUACAUUUUCAUACUGGCCCCCCGUGGGAAACGAACCCAAAACCCUGGUGUUGCAAGCGCCAUGCUCUACCAACUGAGCUACAGGGGACCCUGGUCAAAAGUAGUGCAUUACAUAGGUAAUGGGGUGCCAUUUGGGACACACCAUCGGAGUGUUCUGCUGACUAAUGUGGACUGCUGAUGUCUGGGCAGGUUUCCAUCAGGAUCAUUCAGGGAUAGAGCAUUAGAUCACAACAUGAGUCUAACCAUCCUUGGAGUUAAUCCUCUCCCUGACUCUGUCAAUAUCUCUGUGACCUUAAUUUUGUUGUUGAGGGUUGAGACGAGGUACAGUGGCUUGCAAAAGUAUUCACCCCCCUUGGCAUUUUUCCUAUUUUGUUGCCUUACAACUUGGAAUUAAAACAGAUUUUUGGGGGGGUUGUAUCAUUUGAUUUACACAACAUGCCUACCACUUUGUAGAUGCAAAAUAUUUUUUCUUGUGGAACAAACAACAAGUAAGACAAAAAAACAGAAAACUUGAGCGUGCAUAACUAUUCACCCCCCCCCCCCCCCCCCCCCCCCACAAAAAGACAACCCCCCCCCCCCCCCCCCCCCAAUACUUUGUAGAGCCACCUUUUGCAGCAAUUACAGCUGCAAGUCUCUUGGGGUAUGUCUCUAUAAGCUUGGCACAUCUAGCCACUGGGAUUUCUGCCCAUUCUUCAAGGCAAAACUGCUCCAGCUCCUUCAAGUUGGAUGGGUUCCGCUGGUGUACAGCAAUCUUUAAGUCAUACCACAGAUUCUCAAUUGGAUUGAGGUCUGGGCUUUGACUAGACCAUUCCAAGACAUUUAAAUGUUUCCCCUUAAACCACUCAAGUGUUUAUUUAGCAUUAUGCUUAGGGUCAUUGUCCUGCUGGAAGGUGAACCUCCGUCCCAGUCUCAAAUCUCUGGAAGACUGAAACAGGUUUCCCUCAAGAAUUUCCCUGUAUUUAACGCCAUCCAUCAUUCCUUCAAUUCUGACCAGUUUCCCAGUCCCUGCCGAUGAAAAACAUCCCCACGGCAUGAUGCUGCCACCAUCAUGCUUCACUGUGGAUAUGGUGUUCUCGGGUUGAUGAGAGGUGUUGGGUUUGCGCCAGACAUAGCGUUUUCCUUGAUGGCCAAAAAGCUCAAUUUUAGUCUCAUCUGACCAGAGUACCUUCUUCCAUAUGUUUGGGGAGUCUCCCACAUGCCUUUUGGCUAACACCAAACGUGUUUGCUUAUUUUUUUCUUUAAGCAAUGGCUUUUUUCUGGCCACUCUUCCGUAAGGCUCAGCUCUGUGGAGUGUACGGCUUAACGUGGUCCUAUGGACAGAUACUCCAAUCUCCGCUGUGGAGCUUUGCAACUCCUUCCGGGUUAUCUUUGGUCUCUUGUUGCCUCUCUAAUUAAUGCCCUCCUUGCCUGAUCCGUGAGUUUUGGUGGGCGGCCCUCUUUUGGCAGGUUUGUUGUGGUGCCAUAUUCUUUCCAUUUUUUAAUAAUGGAUUUAAUGGUGCUCCGUGGGAUGUUCAAAGUUUUAGAUAUUUUUUUAUAACCCAACCCUGAUCUGUACUUCUCUACAACUUUGUCCCUGACCUGUUUGGAGAGCUCCUUGGUCUUCAUUGUGCCGCUUGCUUGGUGGUGCCCCUUGCUUAGUGAUGUUGCAGACUCUGGGGCCUUUCAGAACAGGUGGAUAUAUACUGAGAUCAUGUGACAGAUCAUGUGACACUUAGAUUGCAUACAGGUGGACUUUAUUUAACUAAUUAUGUGACUUCUGAAGGUAAUUGGUUGCACCAGAUCUUAUUUAGGGGCUUCAUAGCAAAGGGGGUGAAUAGAUAUGCACGCACCACUUUUCCGUUAUUUAGUUUAUAUAAUUUUUUCAAACAUGUUAUUUUUUCAAUUUCACUUCACCAAUUUGGACUAUUUUGUGUAUGUCCAUUACAUGAAAUCCAAAUAAAAGUCAAUUUAAAUUACAGGUUGUAAUGCAACAAAAUAGGAAAAACUUCAAGGGGGAUGAAUACUUUUGCAAGGCACUGUACGUCAUAAUCAAGAUAACUGAAGGUUACUUACGUAACCCAGUCCUAUGAGAAUAUGGGUUAGAUGUCUCACUAUGGAUAUGUCUGGGCGUGUCCACAAACUUGAUGUAACCAAUCACACAACAUCUGUUGGAGAUAGACAGGUCGAUUGGCGAAUGAGGUGACCCCCUCUUCUCCAUAAAGGGAGCCACUCAUCCGUCAAACUGGUCAUUCUCGAGCAUGCCUCUCUUCCUUGCGCUCUUGAGACAUCUCACUUAUAUUCUCAUAGAACCGGGGUUACGUAAGUAACCUUGAGUUUUAUUUCAAAAACUUGUUUUGAUGUCUCACUAUGUGAUAUGGCCAACUCCCAUUAUGCAGACAUGCUCUCCAAAGCCAGGGUAGUUCCAACAGCAUCACCCCUCAGAGGCUCCGACACUGAGGACAGUUGGCACCAUUGAAGGUGCAGUGACGUCCAGUCGGUAGAUGUGCAAGUAGAAGCGCAACGCGCAAACUGGACAUAAACGUCCCUUCUUUCCUAGAGUUGAAGGGAGGAAGGUGGAAAGCCAUAAGCUGUAAGACGAGACAAUAGUAAUUGCCGCUGACCUUAGGCAUAAAGGCGGGGUUGGGUAACAACAUUACUUUGGAAAACCCUGGGACAACUAUAGGUAUGAAUGGUGGACUGCAGUGCGUGCAGCACUCUCACUCGCUAUGCGGAUGAGAGGGUAAUCAGCAAAGUCGUCUUGAAAGAGAGAUAUUUAAACUCCAUGCUUUCCAGAGGCAAAAGUUUGCUGAGAAAUCGCCUCAAGCACAAUAGACAGGUCCAAACAGAGGGCUAAAAGGCUUGGGGAUUAGGCGUAAGCGACGCACUUCCUUCAUGAAAUGUCACACCAGAGAGUGUUACACAACUGUUGUUGUUGAAGCCUAUAUGACAGGCCGAGAAAGCAGCUAGAGGGACCUAAACAGUGAACUGUUUUUGGUCACACCACUUCUCGCAAACGUGCCAUUGUUUCAUACAGUGAGUGUGUAGAAGGGGCUCCUGGGUAGUCUAGAAGACUCCGAAGGCAAGUCGCAUUCAGAUUCUCUUCCUCACAGGCCAUGCCCAGAAGGCCAUGGUUUCUGAGUGAGGGUGGAAAAUCAGUCUGUACGUCUGGGUCAAAAUACCCCUGCGUAACAGGACUCAUCGUGAAGCAUCUGUGUUAGUCCUUUCUUAGCAUGGUUAGCUAGCCUUGCAGCUAGCUAGCCAAGUUAGCUAAAGCCUUGCAGCGAUGGCUAACCAAAUCUCGAUAGCUAGCCUUGUGGCGCCAGCUAAACAAAGACUGACGAGUAGAAAAUGAAUUUGGUUGGUACUCAACACUAUCGACAGGAACUGAAGUACUACGUUCGGCAGUGUUAACCUCACUGUUCGCCUGAAAACAGUUCAGUAGGAAAACAAAAAUCCAGUCGCACUGAGUAGAGCUUUAGUGAACACAGUCACUUCCGCAAGGAAGAGAGGCAAGAAUGACCAGUUUGGCAGGCGAGUGGCUCCCUUUAUGGAGGAGCGGGGCUCACCUUAUUCGCCAUUCGACCUGUCUGUGUCGAACAGACGAUGUGUGAUUGGUUACUUCGAGCUUGUGGACACGCCCAGGUGUAUCCAUAGUGAGACAUCGAAACAAGUAUUUGAAAUAGCUUAAUUUACCACCUGAGCUGCAAAAAUUACUGAUACCUUAAGCUAAGAUUCGUAAUACUUAUUGAUUGCAUUUUAUAUCGAUAGUAAAUGUUGCUUGUGUUCUUUUUUUUAUGUGGACAGACAUCUUUUACCAACCAAUGCCAAUAAUGUCUUUCCUCAUUGCAAUAGUCAACACUGACUCAAUAGGUGUAUAAAGGUCUGUUAAUUCCUAACCCUAACUUUUGAACUUCUGAUAAGGGCUGAAACAACUGUUGCAUGAAGUCACAAGAUUAUUCUGAAUGGCUGCUCAGUUAAAUGACCUGUCCUGAUUUGUCAUAGACUCUUGCUGAAAAACUUUAACGAGCAAGCCUUCAUGACCUGGUCUCUGUAAAUUGGUAUAAUAUCAGCUUGAUCCCCUCUGUCAAAGAUGCUUGGACCUUCUUUUUUUUAUAUUUUCAGUGGUAUUGUUAACAAGCACACCCUCAUAAAGAAAAUGAGAAUUAAAAACAGGUUCAGCCCCUGGUUCGACCGUUAUCUGGCAGAGUUACUCCACCUCAAGAACACCAUUUGGCGAAAGGCUCGGCACACAAAUAUUCAGGCUGACUGACUGACGUUCAAGCAAAUGAGAAAUAAGUGCACUCAGGCUAUCCGGAAAGCCAAAGUUAGUUACUUUAAUGAGCAGUUCUUUCUCUGUGGGUCUAACCUCAAGAACUUCUGGAAAACGUUUGUACCAUGUUUGUGCUGUUACCAUGUUGUGUUGCUGCCGUGUUGUUGUGAUGUUGUGUUGCUACCAUGCUCUGUUGUCAUGUGUUGCUGCCAUGUUGUAUUGUUGUCUUCAGUCUCUCUUUAUGUAGUGUUGUGUUGUCUCUCUUGUCAUGAUGUGUGUUUUGUCCUACAUUUUAAUUUUUUAUCCCAGCCACCGUCCCCGCAAGAGGCCUUUUGGCUCUUGGUAGGCCGUCAUUGUAAAUAAGAAUUUGUUCUUAAUUGACUUGCCUAGUUAAAUAAAGGUAAAAAUAUAUAUAUAUAUAUUUUCAUAACAUUCAAAUCAGAUUCUUAUGUUUUCCAUGAUUUACCUAGUGUACAUUUCUCUGACCCAAACAACCACAGUAAGAAGGGAGGCAGCAGACUAGCUGAGCAGCUGUUGUUAAUUGUUUGGAGAUGUUGCGGAACAGGUCUUGAUGCACAUUCUUAAUUACAGUACUGCGACAAUGUGAAGUUAUUUUGGCUGAACACGUCUCCUCUGUGCUCCACAGGCAGAGUGGGAUUGGUAUGGGCUCCAUGUGUGCCCGGGCAGGGGGAGUCCUGGCUCCCAUCAUUUACCUGCUGAGGGGUGUCAGUAAGAAUGCUCCCAUGGUUCUGUUUGGCCUGUGUACUCUGCUAGGGGCAGCCCUCACCCUGCUGCUGCCUGAGACAGCCCACCAGCCCCUGGCUGACACCAUUGAGGAUGUAGAGGGAUCCAGCAUCAGGUCUGAAUCCCAUCUCUAUCCAUUGAAGGGGAAGAGAGAGAGAAUAUUCUAUUACAUAGUAUUUAAUACUUUAAAUUCCUUGGUAUUUAUUUGUCAAUGUUAUGCUCUGGAGAUACAGCCUUGAAAGCAGGAGUGAACAUCUUAGCUUGGGUUAACACGCAUUUCAGAUUGUACUAUAAACUGUUAUUACGGUGCUGAACUGGGGUUACCUGUAGGUUCAUGUAAUGUUAAUAGUAAUCCAAGGAUAUCCGCUUGUCUCGUCUAGUGAGGACUCAGAGGAAGGGAACAUGAAGCCAGCCCUCUAUGAGGAAUGUCCAACAAGAAACCCAGACAUCAUAAACUGA